AUGAUGAGUCCCGCACGCGUUCGAAGCAACCAUGCUUCCGCCGAACGUAAAUAUCAAAACACUCUCAGGGAUCGGAUUAGAGUGCUCAACAACCUGUUGGGCGAAAUUCUCGAGGCGGACUGUCACCUCGGACUGCAACCAAAGAGCAGCACUAGCAAGGCGGCUACACUCCACGCAGCCACUGAUAUGCUGCAUCGUCUUCACGCCGCUUUCGGAGAUGAAGUCAAGCGUCAAUCAGAGCUCGAGUCGCGAUUGCUGAGCGUGGUCACUCGGGUGUCAAGAUUGGAAAGCCGGCAAUCCACACCUACUAUGAUUCGAGGUUUGGCACCCGAUGCGGUAUCCCCUAUGCAAAAUUCUCUACGGGAGAUCGCAAAUGGCGACAAUUUUGCGAAUAUUUGCGAAGAUUCCAACGAGUUGGCUUGCUUGAUUGGAACGACUUGUAUUGGAUUGAUAUGA